UCUAAUCAAUCUGUUUGGUAACAAAUGUCUUGAGCUAAUGAAUUAAAGUUAUAAAAUUACUUAUCGGAAGAUUUACUAUAAUUUAAUUUAGGACAGCAUAACGCUGAAGUGACAAUAAAUCAUUAACACUUGAUAUAAUGCGGUUUUCUUGCCUGCAAAUUCGUUAAAGUGCAGGUGAAAUCGUUGAGGAAAUGCGACAUUCGCUAUAGUAUAUAAUGGCCAAAUAUACUUUAACAUUGACUUAGAACUACAACCAAGGAGAGCAAGUAAUUCAUAAAUAUAUACUAAUGUCGAAAUCACAAGCGACUAUCAGUUUCGCGACUCAAAUCGCGCCAACGUCACAAAAUGAAGGACAUUCGGAUGAAUGGGUAUUGCAUUUACACAUGCCUAACAAAGGUAUGCGACCCAUCAAUGUCAAUGGGGAAAAUGACACUGUGCUACACGUAAUUGAACGUGCCGUGCGUAGUUUAGUACCAGGGCAUAUGCCGAAUCCGCACUUCUACGCACUGCGCUUGAAUAAUGUUGUAACAAAGGAAAUAUUAUGGAUGACACGUUCAACAGGCAUGAACCAAGUUAUGAAGUAUAUAUGGUAUCCAAUUUGCCCGAAUCUUGAGUGUUCAAAUUAUGAUAAUACAAAAGUCAAUAGUAGUAAUAGAAACUCGGUAAAUAGCGUUUGGCGUGCUGAGCUGCGGAUACGAUACAUUCCAAAUAGUUUGGCGGAGUUUUAUGAAGAAGACAAAACAAGCUGUUUAUAUUAUUUUGACCAAGCGAAACAAGAUUAUGUUUUGUCCGAUCCCACUAUCGAUGUCGACACGGCGAUACAAUUAGGUUGUUUAGGCAUACGACAUUAUUUCAAACAUACAAAUAUCAAAGCUCCCGAUAAAAAACACCAUAUUGAUUAUAUUGAAAAGGAAGUGGGUUUGAAUUCUUUUCUUCCGAAAUCUGUGAUAAGUUCAGUAAAGCCAAAGAAUUUAAAAAAGUUAAUACAAGCUGGAUAUAAGAAGGUGUAUAAUUCCACGGACAUUGAAUACAUAACCAAGUUUUUUGAACUACUGCAAGGUUGUAAAAUUGCUGGAAAUGAAAAAUUUUCAGUAACAUUAAGCUCAGCAUGGAAUAUAUCUGGAAUCUUGUAUAUCGGUCCACAAAUCGGCAUUUCUUAUCAAACUCACCCACAAGCAGACCUGACAAGCGUCUCCACAUUCAAAGACAUUAUAAAAAUCGUAACACUUACUAUACCCAGGGAUAACGUAGGUAAUCAAACCAAAAAGCCGCUAGCAAACUCGGCUGCUGCAGAUGAAAAAUAUAAUCCCUGUAAAUGUUGGGAAGUAAAAACUCAACUUCGUAUAACAACAAGAAGCAAUGAUGAAGACUUAGUUAUAACUUGUGAUGGCAUAAAUACUGCUGAAAGCAUCGCUGAUCUUAUAGAUGGCUACUGUUGCUUAAUUCAUGGUAGCGGUUAUGUUUCUAAAUGGGAACGCAAUGACGGAAAUACAUUAAAUAGUGUAAAUAACGGUUUAAAUGUCACCUCUGCAACAGCAAAAGAGGCGCAGAACAACGGCUUAGGUAAAACUAAAAAUAAUACUGAUGAUGAAACAGAUGGCGGUGGCGGUGGAACAACAUUUAGUGGCAGUGCUAAACCAAAGCCUACCCUCACCGAAGAUUACGCUGAAAUCGGUUUAAUCGAUGAUGAGGGUGACUACUCAACGCCAACAGCUCGAAAUUACGAAUUAGAAAGAUCUCAAAUAAGUCUCAAUGAAAAAAUUGGUGUUGGACAAUUCGGUGAUGUUCAUAUAGGCACUUAUUUUCCGAAGGCUAAGAAAAAUACUAAAUCCAUUAUAAUGGGUAAUAUGGAAAUGAAAUCUUCGGUAAUUCAAGUGGCAGUUAAAACGUGCAAAGCUAGCAAUGAUCCACAAAAAAUGGAACAGUUUUUGGAAGAAGCAUAUAUUAUGCAAAAAUUCGAUCAUCCUCAUAUAAUUCGGCUAAUUGGCAUUUGCAGCGAAUCUCCGAUUUGGAUUGUCAUGGAAUUGGCACGUCAUGGUGAACUCAGGGCAUAUUUGAAAGCCAACAGCAAAAAGCUUAAACGUGGAACUCUACUCCUGUAUUGCUAUCAGUUAUCAACAGCCUUGAGUUAUUUGGAAUCUAAAAAGUUUGUACAUCGAGAUAUUGCGGCACGAAAUGUGUUAGUCAGUUCACCAACUUGUAUAAAGCUUGCUGAUUUCGGUCUCUCACGUUGGGUAUCGGAUCAAUCUUAUUACCAUUCGAGCAUGUGCAUUUUGCCAAUUAAAUGGAUGGCACCGGAAUCGAUCAACUUUCGCAGAUUCACCAAUGCCAGCGAUGUGUGGAUGUUUGGCGUUUGUGCUUGGGAAAUACUUAUGUUGGGCGUAAAGCCGUUUCAGGGCAUCAAAAAUAGUGAUAUAAUUACGAAAUUAGAAAAUGGUGAGCGUUUGCCUCUACCAAAGGACUGCCCGCCACGGCUUUAUUCACUGAUGUCACAGUGUUGGGCACAUGAGCCAUCUAAACGACCCACAUUCCAGAGAAUCAAAGAAACACUUUAUGAAAUUUUAGUGGAGGAAAAAAUUAGCGAUUCGGAAACAAUGAGACGCGAGAAUAGGCGAGUAGCGGCUAUGUCCUGGAGUGGCUGUGAAGGCGAUGUGCCACCAGUUAAACCAACUAGAAUACCCUUCGAUGGAGAUUCUGCGCUGCAAUCAUCCAUAGUGAGUGAAAAGAAUCCAUUAAGCCCACAAACUUACAUAAUUGCCCAAAAUCCAGAAGUUUUGGCGCGUUUAAUGAUGGAAAAUGAGAAUCGCAGCAUUAAUCCAGCAGCUUAUACUACACCAGCAUCGGUAUUUAAUACAUUAGCUGUAGAAAUUGAUGAAACCAAAACCUCUAACAUACCAAAUAGUGCAGAUAUACCAAUGAAAAUGACUAAAUUGCCAGCAUCGGAAUUGUUAAAAUUGGAUCCUAUAGCUAAUGAGCAAAAUGUUGCAUCGCUUAAUCGUUUAGGUGGUGGUGGUGGUGUUGCCGGUGUACAAAUACAGGCCGCAUUGAAUGCUAACCCUAUAUUAAAUGCUAAAGAAACAUCGCAAAUAUUAACCCAACCCAUACAUUGUAGUUGUUUAGAUAAGUCUAAUCAUUCCGCAAACUGUAUUUUCGUUAAUGCUUUUGAUCCCAACAAUGCGGCAUGCCUGCCAAAUUCAUGCAGUGCAACUCCCACCAAUUUUCGUUCAAUGCCUGCUACCAAUGUGGCCUGCCAAAAGCCGCAAAUGUCAAGUAAUUUUGUUUUAUAUAAUCCACAAGCAAACAUUUAUGAUUUUCAACGUAUGCCAAUGGAGUCAAAAAUUACUAAAUCUGAAUUGUUACGUCGUUGUAAUCCCCAUUCUUAUGGCAGUUUAGAGCGUAAUCAAGAUACAUACAUAAUUAGUAGCACAACCAGACCAAUGCAAUCGAAGGGCGGUAGUCUCGAGCGCAAUCAAUCCAUUUCAAUUUCCAAUAAUUUCAUGCGCGAUUGGGUACACCGCAGUAGUAGUUUAGAGCGUACAAGCCCAAUAGAUGCUUACCCAGGUACGCAAGCACCCAAAACAAAUUUAUCAAAUAGUUUAGAGCGUAAUAUUUCAUAUCGUACAUAUCGUAAUCAAAUGAAAAGCUCAAUGGAGGCCGAACCAUUACAAGAGGAAAUUUAUGAUUUCGGUGGUUGCAAUGUGAAAUCUUGUGCCACCACAAAUUCCCUAAAUCGCAAUCGUACAAUCGAUAUGAUACCACGUAUGCAACACACACAACGCGAUUUAAUUGGUAAUUGCAAAAAUCAAACUAUUGCCGAGCAAUUUGACACGAAAAUUUCACCUAAUUCAACAUACACACCAAUGGCACCGGGAAUUAAGUCCUUCGCAACUACCAGCUACGCUGGCAUUGCGAAGGACUUUAAUAAUACGCUAUCCAUGCAACCAUGUGCUUAUCCAAUCAAUGAAAAGUGUGAAUUGAAAGCCCCAAUAUUCACUGAUAAUAUUCAUUUAGUGCAGCAAACAGCACAGACAGCAGCAGGUACAAGCCAGGAUGGCGUCCACAUUGCUGAGUGUCAACUUGGUGCACAGAAGAAACGCUUAAGCCUUGCAACUUCGAAUUCGGACAUAAAUGCCAUGGGCUAUUUCAAUACCAACCAUGGACCAUCAAGCUUACCCGAGUGUUCACCAAGCAUUAGUAAUUCAUUAGGAGCUUCUCGGCCGCACACCCCCGACUCCAAACAUGAUACCCUGAAGAAUAGUGCAUCCUCUAUCGAUAAUUCAACAUUUAAUAAUUUCAAUGAUACACCAAGUGAUUCAAGAGCAAAUAUGGAUUUAGCCGCAGGAACAGCAGCAACAACAGCUGGAGUGGCUAAACAAAGCACAUGUGUUGUUGGCAACAAACCGAUAACGACAAUUGAUCGUAGUAACGAUGAAGUGUACAGUGCCACGAAAAAUGUGGUUAAGGCGAUAAUGACACUUUCGCAGGAUGUUGAAAAAUCAAAUGCCAAUAAUUAUUUGGAUUUAGUUAGAAAUGUUGGCAUCGAAUUGCGUACUUUGCUGGCAUCCGUUGAUCGCCUGUCAAGGGUUUUUCCCACGCAAGCGCACAGGGAGGUUGAAAUGGCGCAUAAAGUGUUGUCCAAAGAUAUGCAGGAUUUGGUGGCCACAAUGCGUCUGGCGCAACAAUAUAGUGAUACAACCCUCGAUAGUGAAUAUAGGCGAAAUAUGUUGUCCUCUGCCCAUGUCUUAGCUAUGGAUGCGAAAAAUUUAUUCGACGUUGUGGACUCUAUACGCAGACGCCAUGGCAUUUUCGCGCCACCAUCCGCACCUGCACCAAUGCAACCGUUAACUUCGUCAAACAGCGAAGCGUCGGCCUUUAUAACGAAACCAAAUAGCGGAUAUACUUCCGCACCGUCGAACGAUGAGGCAGGUGUAACGUUAACCGAAGAUGGUUAUCAAGUAAUGACCAAUAGUAAAUAUCAAAAUUAUAAUAAUUUAGCAAACGAAAAAGACAAAACUCUUGAUGACGAACAAAUGACACAGCAACAGCUGCCAAAUAUUGGGCAUUUGCAUUUAACAACUACCCAACAAUUGGGUAACGACAGCGCUGUUAGAAGGUCAAACCUCGCAUUUGAGCAUAUGAUGCAUCAUAAUACGAAUGAACAAUUACAAAUUAUAGAACAUACAGAUAAUUCAGAAUUCGAUCACUUAUAUUCGAAUACUAAUAUUGCUUCACAAAAACGGUGCAACUAAUUUAUUGUAUAACGUACAGUUAUGCCUAUGUACAUACAUACAUGCAGAUGUGUAUGUAUGUACAUAUGUUUAAACGCUAGCCGAAAUAAAAAUAUUUAUAGUCAAACAACAAUGUAAUAAGAAUAAAACGCAAGUACUUUACAUACUCGA